CUCAGAUGCUCCAUCUCUCCAAUUCUAGGAUCUCUGGGUGCAGAUCAAAUUCUCCCAGACUCCUGAGCCCCGGGUCCAGCCAUGGGCACCUCCAGCAUCUUCCUCUGCAUUCUGUUCCUCGGUGGGGCUCUGGGUCUCGCCACCUCCCCUGCCCGAAGACAGCUGCGCUGUUACACCUGCAACUUUGCCAAACCCUGCUACCCUGUUCCUACCGAGUGUCAGGAUGAUGAAAACAGUGAGGUCAUCGAGCAGAAAGCCUGCCUCCCAAGGACCCAGUGCUUUCUGCAGGGCCAUGCCACCUACUGGUCACUCUCCUACACUCCUCAGCACCACUGCUGCGAGCAGGACCUGUGCAACGUAGCCACCAUGCUGCAUCGGCUCCCCAGCCUCCUCCUCAUCACCCCACUCAUCCUCGUGGCCAGCUUCACCUGGGGAGCCCACCUCCUCCACCAGCCUUCAACCCAAGACUCCUCCACUAUCGCCGUGGCCCUGGAAACACCUGCACAGGCACUUCUGAGAUCUGCCAAGAACCUGAUCUUGUACAGAGACCUCACACCCCUUGGGCCCAACACCUUCAUGGACCCCUCCCCAAACCCAAUUCCUACAGGCACUGCUCUAGCCCCUACCUGCCCAGAGGCACCUACCCGGAGCCCAGCCUCAUAA